CGGGGUACAACAACGUGUAUGAGGAAUCGACGAACCCCUAGAAAUGCAGAUUUCAAACGUGAACGAUGUGAAGAUUUACAAUCUAAGUUAUGGAAAGUCCCUCCCUGAGUGGUUGUCAGAUCGAAAGAAAAGACAGCUUCAGAAAAAAGAUGUUGACAUCCAGCGGCGGAUUGAACUCAUUCAGGACUUCGAGAUGCCCACAGUGUGCACCUCUAUCAAAGCGUCCCGAGACGGUCAGUUCAUCCUGGCAGCAGGAACAUACAAACCCAGAGUUCGCUGCUAUGACACAUAUCAGCUGUCCCUUAAAUUUGAACGAUGUUUGGAUUCAGAUGGUAGGUUUUUCUCGUGUAUCUUUUCUAGCCCCUUCUGGAACAUUGGGUUUUACUGUUUUCUUUUUUCUUCUUCUUCUUCUUACAGUUGUGGCUUUUGACAUCCUGUCAGAUGAUUACUCAAAGCUGGUUCUUUUGCAGUGCGACCGCCAUGUGGAGUUCCACGCCCAACAAGGCCACUACUACAAGACUCGGAUCCCAAAGUUCGGACGGGACUUUUCCUACCACUAUCCCUCCUGCGACCUCUACUUUGUGGGGAUGAGUUCCGAGGUGUACAGACUGAACCUGGAGCAGGGGCGCUUCCUCAACUCCCUUCAGACAGACGGCGUGGAGAACAAUGUUUGUGACAUCAACCCUGUUCAUCAUUUAUUCGCAACUGGAACCUCUGAGGGAAGGGUCGAAUGUUGGGACCCUCGCAUCCGGAACCGAGUGGGCGUUCUGGACUGCGCCCUGAGCAGCCUGACUGAAGGAACAGAGGUUCAGGGUUUACCGUCCAUCAGUGCGCUGAAGUUUAAUGGUUCCCUCACCAUGGCAGUAGGCACCAGCACUGGACAGGUGCUGCUGUAUGACCUGCGUUCCAGCCAACCGCUGCUGGUCAAAGAUCACUUCUACAACUUGCCAAUCAAAUCUUUGAACUUCCACGACCAGCUGGACCUCAUUGUGUCGGCUGAUUCCAAGAUCAUAAAGAUCUGGAACAAAGACUCGGGGAAGCUGUUCUCCUCCAUACAGCCACAGAGCGACCUCAAUGAUGUCUGCAUGUACCCCAAUUCAGGAAUGCUUUUCACGGCCAAUGAAGACCCCAAAAUGAACACGUUCUACAUCCCGGCUUUGGGCCCGGCUCCUCGCUGGUGCUCGUUCCUGGACAGCCUGACGGAGGAGCUGGAGGAGAGCCCGGAGAGCACGGUCUACGACGACUACAAGUUUGUCACUCGCAAGGACCUGGAGAAUCUGGGUUUGUCUCACCUGAUUGGGUCGUCUCUCCUGAGAGCCUACAUGCACGGCUUUUUCAUGGACAUAAGGCUGUAUCACAAGGUGAAAACCAUGGCAAAUCCUUUUGCGUAUGAGGAAUACCGCAAGGACAAGAUCCGGCAGAAGAUCGAUGAAUCCAGAACGCAGAGAGUCCAGGUUCAGAAGCUGCCGAAGGUGAACAAGGAGCUGGCUCUCAAGCUGAUGGAGGAGGGAGAUGAAGAGGCAGAGCUGGCUUCCAGGAAGAAGAAGGGCAAGGCUCUCCCCACCAUCCUGGGAGACGACCGCUUCAAGGUGAUGUUCGAGAACCCGGACUACCAGGUGGACGAGCAGAGCGAGGAGUUCCGGCUGCUCAACCCCAUCGUCUCCAAGGUGGGACAGAAGAGGAAGAAGAAGCUGCGGCUGCUGGCUCAGCAGGAGGCCAACGUCCAGCAGGCGGCAGAUGAAGAAGAGGAGCCAGAAGGGCGAGCCAGCUCUGAGGAAGAGAGCUCUGACGACGACAAGAGCUGGGUGGAGGAGGUGAGGGAGCAGCGGCGGCUACUGUGGCAGGAGGACAGAGACCGACGGCGGCAGGAGAGGAGGGAUGCUGACCGCAACACCGUCCUGCUGGAGCGGAAACAGGGCAGAGGAGACGAGACCGAGAGCAAGAAGACAAGUCAGCUGCAGUUUUAUCAGCUCAAAGCCGGAGAGGAGUUCAGGAGUUUUGGCGACAUGGCCCACAAGCAGAAACUGCAGAAGGCUUCUCUGGAGGAGAGGCUAAAGUUGGAGGAAAGCUCAGGAAUCAGCAGCACAGCGGACACGGCGGUGGGCAGCAAACAGCUGACCUUCACUCUCAAAAAGUCGGAGCAGCAGAGGAAGCAGCAGCAGGCGGAGAGAGAACACCACGAGGAGAGGAAAAAGCUGAGACGCUCUGCCGGGCACCUGAGCAGCGCUCGUGGGAGAGGACGGGGGAGAGGAAGAGGAAGAGGAAGAGGCCGCUUCUGAAGAAAGACAGCACAACUGAGAUCAAAUGUGUCUUUGACUUUUUUUUCCACCUAGUCUCCUCCUGCCUGUGGUCGGAGAGAUUAAAUCAGACUGCAAGACCAGAAAAUAAGUGUCAAUCCGAUUUAGUGGGAAGUUUGUUCAACUCCUGGGUGGUCUGAGCCCCCUGUCUGUGAACUCCAUGGAUAUUAAAAACAGACUGCCGCUGUCAGUGUCUGUGUUAAUGGUAAAACAAGAUGACAUGUCAGAGUCCUGUCUGCGAAUAGAUCGCUGGCUGGUUGAGAUUUCAGGAAACUCCUCAAAAGGCUAGUUUCAAACCGGGAGAGGAACAAAUGUGUUAUUUUAACAAUGUUUUGAUAUUUUCUAUUGCUGACCCAUAAUUUUGUUAAUGUAUAAAUUAAAUUUUGCAAUAUAUUUGUAGAAAGCUC